AGUGCAUUGUACGAUUUUGAACCAGUAUAUAAAUCUAUGUACCAGAAUGGAUUGGGAAAAGCUUCACUACUUAACUUUCAUAUAAAAUGCAUUUCAAAAUUUGUACUUUUACGAAAAAUGAUUUACGCACUUCACUUUCAUAAAAAAAUGCACUCCGAAAUUUAUUUUUUCUAGUACUUGAAAUUAUCCUUCGUUUAGUAGCAAGUAACAUGAACUUUUGGAAGGGAAAAGAUUCUCAAAAUCAAGAACACUUAACCCACACUCCCAGUGAUAACCGAAAAAACCUGCAAACCGAUCAUGAUCACAACCCUCAAUCGAAUUCCAUCACCAUCUGAAUCCCAACACAACCCAGAACACUGACCAAACUAAACCCAAUUCAGCAAAACCAAUGGAGAUCGCUGCCUCAAAAUCAGAAUCAAAACCCAGACACAACCCCACCAAAAGGGUUCCACCGGCCGUGAUAAUCGACGUCAUCGACGACGAAGACGAUGACGUGUCACUCAUCUACGUCACACCCACAUCGCGCAACAGCGGCAGCAGCCCCCAGAACGCCAUCUCCGUCGAGAACUACGCCGACGACCUCGACCUCCGCCUCGGGCUCACCUCCUCUCUCUUGCCGCGAAAACCCACCCGGAAAAACGGGUGCAAGAAGAGAAGGAUCAUCGACCUCUCCCUCUUCCCGGACGAGGCAGAGGUCGAUGAUGGAAACCCUUCUUCUGUUAUCGAAAUCGGUGAGUCUUCGAACUCGAAUUCGGAGCCCUUUACUUUCAUGUGUGAAAUCUGUGUGGACUUGAAACCUUACAGUGAGUUUUUUAGCAUAAUGGGUUGCACCCACUUUUACUGUUCUGACUGUAUGAUCAAGUAUAUAGCUUCGAAGCUUCAGGAGAAUAUUACCCAGAUACAGUGUCCUUAUACUGAUUGUAAGAGGGGGCUUUUGGAACCGGAACAUUGCCGGGCGAUCUUGCCCCCGGAGGUGUUUGAUCGGUGGGGGAAUGCUCUGUGUGAGGCUGUGAUUCUGGCAUCUGAGAAGUUUUAUUGUCCUUAUAAGGAUUGCUCUGCACUUUUGAUUGACGAUUAUGGCACCGGUGGUGGAGUAGGGGGUGAGGUGAUUAGGCAGUCUGAGUGUCCAAACUGCAAGAGAAUGUUUUGUGUGCAGUGUAAGGUUCCAUGGCACUCGGAAUUCGAGUGUGCUGAGUUUCAGGAGCUGAACAAGGAUGAGAGAGGGAGAGAGGAUAUGAUGUUGAUGCACCUUGCUAAGAAGAAGAAGUGGAUGAGGUGUCCCAAGUGCAAGUUUUUUGUCGAGAAAUCCGAAGGUUGCAUGUAUAUGAAGUGCAGGUGUGGACAUGCUUUCUGUUACGCCUGCGGAGGAUCUUCUAUGAGAGGGCACGUUUGUCAAAAAUGUACAAGGACCUCAUAGAUGCCCUUUUCCCUUGUACUAGUUUAACGCAGAAACAGGAGAAUAAAUUGGUACUCAAAUUGGAAGGUCUAAGUUGCAUAUAGUAUUAGUUUUUGGGAAAUCUACUAACGAUGCAAAAAAUAUUUGCAACUGAAAGUAUGGUUUAAGAGCUGUUUGAUAUGUGAAUAGAAUUAUGUUCUUGUUCAUGAGGAUGAUGGGAUUUCGAGAUGUAAGGAAAUGAUUGUCUCCUCAA